AUUAAUGUUCAGCAAAAGUGAUUACACUGUUAAGAUGGGUAGAAAGUGCUAUAUGUUGUUCGUGUAUGUCUGUUAUUUUGGAAUAAUUCACAUAGUUAAUGCUCAACGUGGAACGACAUGUACUACGCCCAAUGGAGAAUUAGCAACAUGCGCAUCAAUUUAUGACUGUAAACAUUUUGUAACAGCCAUAAGAAAUCGAAAUCCAUCACAAUUAAACUUUGUGAAAAAGUCACAAUGCGGUUACGAUACAGCAGCUUUGGUUUGCUGUGGUUCCGCCAUCGAUUUUUCAACUACUAGAAGUCCAUCGCCGAACCCAGAUACAAGAAUACUUCCGUCUGUUUUUACUAAAAGCUCAGCUAUUCCUGAUAGAAAUAGGUGUGGUUUUCAGGAAUCUGAUAAUAAUAAUAAGCUAGAAGGCUUUAUUUAUGGAGGAACAGAGACAGAUUUAAAAGAAUUUCCGUGGAUGGCAUUACUCGGAUACAGAUCGAGAUUUGGAACAAUAAAGUGGGCUUGUGGAGGUACACUAAUUAGUCAUAGAUAUAUCUUGACAGCCGCGCAUUGUGUAACAGGAGAUGUUUUAACUCUGGUUGGACGACUUACGUAUGUCAAACUGGGUGAACACGACAAGUCCAAAACAAUAGACUGCGAUAAGGAUGGAAAUUGUAAUGAGCCAGCAAUUACUGCUGAGAUUGAAAGCUUCACGUUCCAUGAAGAUUAUGAUCCUAAUGAUAAAACUAGUCCCAAUGAUAUAGCUCUUAUAAGGCUAAAUCAAAGAAUUACAUAUACUGAUUUUAUUAGACCAAUUUGUCUUCCUGAACCAAAUGAAGGCUCUGUUAGAGAUGACGAACUUACAACUGCUGGUUGGGGUUUAACAGAACACGAUGCUACAAAUGUCAAACUCAAGGUGGAAGUACCUUUUCGCACGAAAGACGAAUGUAUGCAUGCUUUUAGAUCAGCAAGACUUAGGCUAAGUGAUUCCCAAAUAUGCGCUGGAGGAAAAGAUGGAAAGGAUUCUUGUAAAGGUGACAGUGGAGGUCCGUUGAUGAAAAGAUCACUUGCUAAUCCUCUUCAGUGGUACCAAGAGGGAAUCGUUUCAUUUGGAAAUAAUAAUUGUGGUACAGCAGGAUUACCUGGAAUUUACACAAAGGUUUCAAGCUUCUUAUCCUGGAUUCAUAGCCGAGUUAAAGAGUAAUGAUUAUGAAGUAUAACAUCUAAUUAAAAUAAAUGUACCCAUAAUAUUAAUGAUUAAGAUCUAUUCUUUAAAUUGAUUUUAUUUUGUAUAUUUAUUUCUAAUAAAUGAUAUAAUUUAAAGAAGUACGAAUAUGAAUUGCUGUGAUAAUUUUUGAGUCUUUUGAUGUUGGUGUAUGGCACCAUGGACUAUUUGUAUAAGGUAAAAUCAGUAAAUGUGGAGGUAUAAAAAUAAUAAAAAUGUAUAUUUUAAGUGAC